GAGGGAAAGCAAAGUGUAGUUGUAUACAUAAGGUUGCUGGGCAAGGAUUGUGUGCCCAAUACCCUUUUUUCUCAUCUCCAUUCAACAACAGAUAAUUUAAUUGCUAGUACUAUCUCUAACACCAUGAAAUUCACAACUCUCGUCGGAAUCUUUGCUGCGCUUGUAGCUACAAGCAGCGCCUCAACCCUCGCCACUGGUAAUUACUGUUGCACCCAUGGCGCCAACACUGAUCCAAGUACUGGAAGAGCGGCAUACUGUUGCCAGAAUGGUUCCAACCCAAACGUUGGUUCCAGCUGCGACCAUAACCACGGCUACCCGGUUGGCCGCCAAAACGUUGUCUUGUCAAGUGCGAGGUGUGGCCCUGGUGGAAAUGGAUACGUGGGUGAACAGCAUUGA